GGGUAUUCCCGCAUCACGAGGCGCUUAUGACGGAACAACUGUCACAAGAAGUGAUGCGGAAUAGGCUAAGCAUCGUUGAUAAAUUAAGAGGAGGGGGUGUGGACUCUGGUUUUACGUGCUCAACCGAUGGUAUUUCGCCAAAGAGGAACGUGCGGCUUGUCGUGUAUGCGCUCCGUGUGACAAAUUAAUGAAUACUUCACUGAAAGAGCGCAGUUUCACUAGAAUUCAGUGGCAGAGGGUCAGCGGGAUACGUGCACGCGAACGGGUGGUUAGGACGCAGGAAAUGUAAGCUUUUAAACACAAAAUACUCUCAAGCAGCAUCGCAUCUUGAGAAUACGGAGAUUGUGUGCGAAGUCUCACGUUCACCCGGUAUCCAUUAAUCUUGGACGUUUCCACUCUGGCACGAUGGAGGGGGAGAAGAAACAGGUAACAUGCUACCUGCUUUUUUCUUUAUCAACGGCUGUAAUCGGUUCUCUACAGUUUGGCUACAACACAGGAGUCAUCAAUGCACCUGAACAGAAACUGCGGGCCUUCUUCAACAACACGUGGAUGGAGCGUUACGGGGAGCCAAUCAAACCAGGCGUGUGCACCGUUGUGUGGAGUUUUGCGGUGGCUAUCUUUAGUGUGGGAGGAAUGAUGGGCUCGUUCAGUGUCGGUGUCAUAGCCAACAAAUUCGGAAGGCGUAAGUCCAUGAUGCUCGUGAAUGUCUUGGCUCUGAUUGGUGGAGGUUUGAUGGGGCUGUGCACUCUCUGCUCCUCUUUUGAGAUGGUCAUUGCCGGCCGGCUGGUUAUUGGGUUGUUCUGUGGUCUCUUCACUGGUCUCACUCCAAUGUAUGUUGGGGAACUGUCGCCUACUCCACUCCGUGGAGCCUUUGGGACCCUCCAUCAACUUGGUGUUGUGCUGGGCAUUUUAAUCGCUCAGAUCUUUGGUUUGGAGUUUUUGCUGGGUUCAGAUAAGCUCUGGCCUUUGCUUCUGGCUCUCACCAUCCUGCCUGCCAUCCUGCAGUUUUUACUGCUGCCCUUUUGCCCAGAGAGCCCUCGAUACUUGCUCAUCAACCUCAAUCAGGAAGAGGAGGCCCGCAAAGCACUGGUGCGUCUCCGUGGCUAUGAGGAUGUGGGGAAGGACAUGCAGGAGAUGAAAGAGGAAAGUAUUAAGACAGCCAUGGAGAAGAAGGUAACCAUCCCUGAGCUCUUCCGCACUGCAGCGUAUCGCCAGCCUCUCCUCAUCGCAGUCAUGCUGCACCUCUCCCAGCAGCUCUCUGGCAUCAACGCUGUUUUCUAUUACUCAACUGGUAUUUUUGAGUCGGCCGGGGUGACUCAGCCCAUUUACGCCACCAUAGGAGCUGGUGUAGUCAACACUGUCUUUACUGUUGUAUCUCUCUUUUUGGUGGAGAGGGCGGGACGGAGAACUUUGCACCUGAUUGGUCUAGGUGGGAUGGCCAUCAGUGCCUUGCUCAUGACCAUUGCCUUGUUAUUGAAGGACAUUGAGGCUCUUCGCUACCUCAGUAUUGCAGCCGUUUUUGCCUUUGUGGCCAUGUUCGAGAUGGGCCCAGGGCCUAUUCCCUGGUUUAUAGUGGCUGAACUCUUCUCCCAGGGGCCACGCCCUGCUGCCAUGGCUGUUGCAGGAUGCUCCAACUGGACCGCCAACUUCCUUGUGGGAAUCAGCUUCCCCAAAUUAGUGGAGCUGUGUGGGCCAUAUGUCUUCAUUAUAUUCAUGAUCUUGCUCAUCUUCUUUUUCAUCUUUACGUACUUCCAUGUUCCUGAGACGAAAGGGCGAACCUUCGAUGAGAUCGCUCAUGGUUUCAGCGGAGCUCCGCCUCCAGCAGCCACCUCCACGGAGGAGUCCAGUAGAGUUGCUCUGCCCGCCUCUCCAGUUAAAGAAAAGGUCCCAUUGGUGGAACCUUCCAAAUCUUCCUCUGACCAGGGCCCCAGCUCAUCCGAGCAGCCUGUGGCAGAGGCUGCAAAGGGGGAGGAGAAACUUAGCUCAGUUACCCAACCAUUGGUAGAAUCUAGUAUAGAGGAGAAAUCUAAUUCCAUUGCCCAAGGAUCGGUGUAGCACUAUACAGCUUAACUUGAUGAAAGCCAUGGCAUUUACCACUGCAGAUAGAAAUAUAAUGCUAGAGAUUAUUUACUGGCAAGAGAUUAUUUAAUGAAAAACUGAUUAAGAAGGGAAUGUCAGUGGAGAGCCACAAAUCAUCCCAAGAUAUAUUUAGAAAGGAUAUGAGAGCUCGUAGUGUGUGAGCUUUAUUUUAUUGUGUCAUUUGAUAAUUGAUGGUUUGGUGCAAUACUGAGUCGUGUUUUAAGGGUUUUUCUUUUUAUUGAUAAUAUAUUCCUGUUUGUGCAUUUUUAGUACUGUUUUAAUGUGAUAUAUCAAUUAGGACAUAGUUUCCUAUAUCAAAAAGGACAGAAGAAGGGAAGUUUUACAUUUGGCCUUCAUAAUUCACACAUCAUUCGUAAUGACACAACUGUCAAACCUCACUUUCUUUAUAGAAAAACCAAUGUGUUUUUCCUUUCUGUUCAAUUAUAGUUGGCUAAAUCCCAAGUACCUACAGAUUGCACACAGUCUCAAGGUUUUUGCGCUGACAAUGUUAAUUUUGUACAAUAUUACAUAAUGUGUGUGUAUUUAUUUAGUACAUAGAUAUAUACAGUACAUUUCCAUUAGUUCAGAUCACUAUUAUCAUUUAUCAAAAGACUUAUUCUAUUUAGUCUAUUUAAUUAGAAGAUUAAUCAGAAAUAAUAUUUAUAUUUAUAGAGUGCUUAAAUAGCUAAUAAAGCUUACGCCAAGAAUAAAAUCAUUAGUUUACUGCCAAAAAGAUUACCGGUAAAUAGGUUUAAAUAAACACAUUUUACAGAUAGAUAAGUCACUCUUUCAUCUAAAAUCACUUAAGUCUGCAUCACUGCAUCAGUUGCUAAUGACAUCCACGUUUCACAUUGCAGAGAUAAAGAUUUCUAGCAAAUGAUGUGAUCAUGGAGGAAAUUUGCCUAUAACCAUUAAUCAUGCAUUAUGUGCACAAUAUAGUCUGUGCUGCACUGAUUCACUUUGAGGUUUGAGAGAGUAGUGAGAAAUCUCAACAGAUUUGAAGAAAUGCUUUAUUAAGGCUGUAGGUCUGCACUUUUUGGCACUUUCUUUGAAUACUUUUCAAAGAGAAGACAUACAGUAUUUAUUUAUGUAUUUAUUUAUUUAUUUUUUACAUAUAACAGAGCAUCUGUAACAAUUAUUUUAUGAUGAGAGUGAAGAGCUUUAUGCUGCCAUUGCUUGUGUUGCUAUUUUUGUCUAGAUAUUGACUGUGAAAGUAUUAAGAACAUUUGAAGGCUAGGGGUAAUAUGAGGAACACUGCUUUGUCUGUUUCAAUGUGUUGUGAUCAUGUACGUAUUGCACGGAGAGGAACUCAAAAAAAAAAAAAAAAAAAAAAGACCAAGAAAAACAACAUUCCUCUCUCCGUAGUGUGCUGUGGUUGUAUUCCAGUGGUCAAGUGCAGCUUCACAAUUGAGCCAGCCCUCUUCUAACACUAGCAAACACAACCAUCUUAUUAUCUGUUAAUACCUUUCACAUACCUUAACUGUGCAUAAUGUACACAAAACAUAGUUUCAUGCAUACUGUACAGAGUUAGAAGAGCAUUACCCUGUAAAUACCUAAGUUGAAGUGUUUGUGUUGAAUGGUGUUGUUGCAGUUGCAGGUCACAAAGAGAAUGUCUGCUACACUGAAGAGUUGAUGCAUUGACGUAUGUAUAUUUCAUGGUGGGUUUUCAUGCAAGUGUAUUUAAAUCUUGAGUGGUACUGUGUACAGUUGUAUUAUUAUUUUGUGAA